AUGUCUUUAAACGUGGACUCACAAACAGCAUCACGUGUUUCGCAAUUGUAUGAAGAUUUAAAAACCAUUCCUACUUUAUCAGGUGGUUUAAUUCUUCCAUCGUCUUGUAUUGAAAUUAAUUGUACAGUCUCCGAUCAUCAGAAUGAUAAGAAUAUUAGUCUUUCUAAACAAUAUCAAUUAGUAAAUGAUCAUCAAGUUGUUGGAUCUCCAUAUCCAUCAAUUACUCCUGCUGAUAUUCAUUUAGUUUCUACUUCUCCAAGUGGAAAGAGAAGGGCUGUUUUUAAAUGUAUUGCUUCUGAUGGUAAACCAAAUGCAAAUACAGCAGCUUUAGAUUAUCAAAUUGAAAUUUAUUCUAAUCAAGUUUUGCAAUUGAGAAUUUUGGUGAAGGAUAUUCAUGGAAAGGUAUUUACUGAUGAAACUUUUGGAAGAGUUUCUUGGUCUUCAUGUGAAAACAAGUUACUCUACGUUGCUGAAAUGAAACAAGAACUUGUAAAGCCAUAUUGGGAAAAAUAUAGUAGAACUAACGACAAGCUACCUGAAAAUGAUAAUCCAUAUCAAUAUAAGUAUGAUUAUGAAGCUAAAGAGGAUUGGGGAGAGCAAAUUUUAUUGAAAACUCCACAUAUUUAUGAAUUGGAUAUUUUGGUAAAGAAGGUAACUCAUAUUGACUUGAUUCCUGCUACUGACAGUGCUGGUUCUCCACACUAUCUUCCAGGAUCAACUAAUUUUGUUUAUACUGCUUUUGAAAGACCUGUCAGAAAGUUAGGUAUUAGAUUUUGUGUUCAAAGAGAUGCCAAAUUAUUUUACUGUGACAGAAUUUCUGUAAAACAAAUUGCCUCAGAAUAUAGAGGACCAAGAAGACCAGUCUUUUCUCCUUGUGGAACAAAGUUGGCCUUUUUAGCUAUUGAAAAUAGUGUAAAUUAUCACAAUUCCACUUCCAAGUUGGUAGUGGUAAAUUGGACAACUGAAGGAGCUAAGGACUCUCAAGUUAUUGUAGAUAUUGUAGAUGAAGUUAAAUGUAAUGAUGAAAUCGAGGCAAUGAACACCUUCCCAGGAUUGUAUAAUAUUGAUUUGCCUCUUUCAUGUUGGAGCUCUGAUUCCAGAUAUAUUGUUAUGAAUUCCACUUGGAGAAGUGUCCAAUCUAUUGUUGUAAUUGAUACUCAAAAGACAUCCAACAAUGUUAGAAGACUCUUCAACAGUAACACUUAUGAAUCCUAUGUGCUACUUUCUCAUGAACCACAAUCAAAGAAAGUACUCUACUACAAGACAACUCCAACUAUGCCAUAUCAAAUUUAUGUUGGUAAAUUGGAUUAUGAUUCAUUAGAAGUAUCAAAUAUUACAUUGAUAGAAGAUGCUCUCUCACUCAUCAAUACAGAGCUCAAUGAUAGUGGUAUUAAGGAAAAACUUGAAUCAAUUUCUUGGAAGGUAUUGCAUAUUCCAAUAGAAAAGGGAUCCAAGGUUUACAUGGACUGUAUCUUGUAUAUUCCAAAAGGUCCAAAGUCAUUCGUAAAUGGUUCUGGUAGUGAUAAGCACAGCCUUUUAUUAAUCCCUCACGGUGGUCCGCAUGGCUCUUGCUCAACCAUCUUUGCUGCAAGAUUUAUUUAUUUUGCUCUUUGUGGUUAUGCUGUUUUGCUUUUGAAUUAUAGAGGUAGUGUUGGAUUUUCUCAAAGUUUUGCUGGAUGUCUUCCUGGAAAUAUUGGUGAUAUGGAUGUUAAAGAUUGCUACAAUAGUUAUAGAUAUAUUUUGGAUGAGAAUGUUAUUCCAGUUGAUGAGAAUAGUGUAUCUGUGUACGGAGGAUCUCAUGGUGGUUUCCUUUCAGGACAUUUAGUUGGCCAAUAUCCAUCUCAAUUUAAAGCUGGCAUUUUACUUAAUCCUGUUAUCAAUCUUGCAACAAUUUUCAGUGAAUCUGAUAUCCCAGAUUGGUGUUAUAAUGAAUCUUUAGGAAAUGAUUACUAUGAUGAAGCUUGUGUCACAAAAGAAAUGCUUACUCAAAUGUAUGAUCGUUCUCCAAUUGCACAUGUAUCAAAUGUUACUGCAGCAGUUUUAUUACUUGUUGGUGAAGUGGACAGAAGAGUUCCAAAAGAACAACCAAGAGAAUUCUAUCAUUCUCUCAGAUUAUUAGGAAAAUGUAAAGAAGCACGCAUGCUUGUUUAUCCUGAGAAUGAUCACCCUAUUGCUAAACCAAAGGAUGAUUUUGAUUCGAUGGUCAGCUCUGCUCUUUUCUUGUAUAAACAUUCUAAUUAA